AUGAAACUCGAAAUCGUAUCGUCGCUUCUAUUCUUACAUGUGAUGGACCUUCUGGACUUGGCCGCUAAAAGGGGUGUUGCGACUAAAAUUCACGACCUGACGGAACCAGCAUUUGACAUUCGUGCGCCGAAUACAACCACUUGCGGGACAGUCAUGGAUAUGCUGGUGUCAGAUGCCCGAUAUGCGCUUGAGGUUAUUGAAUGGCCAACGCGAUCAAACAAGAGAAAGAAGACAACGGGCCUUAUCUGUAUUCAAACGCUCUUACGCUCCGGGCCGUCGGAUAUGGGACAUAUCCAGGAUGACUUGCUCGAUGCCUAUGACGAGCUUUGUGCUUUUAUAGCCGAGCUUCCCGAAGACGACAAUAAGACUCAUCUAGAGAAGAUCCGUCUCUCGCUUAUUGCCUCCAUCAAAUCCCUCUGUUAA